AGGCAGUCGGACUAUCGCCGGCUCGCCUCGGCGCUCGGCUUCUCCUGUACUCCUCUCCCCUCCGAUCUCUCCACUUCAAAACACUCGCCGCCGACGAGCUCGCCCGCCGGGCUAGGGCUAGGGUUUCGCGUCGCCGCAAAGGGCGGAGCCCCCAUGAGCGCAUCCGGCUUCGGCCGCGACGCCGGCCCCCUCAACCGGGGCCCGGGCACCGCCCCCUUCGCCUUCGGCGCCGGCGCCGCCGCCGCCUCCACCCCGCCCGCCCCUGCUCCCUUCCCAUCCGCUCGACCGGUCGCCCCUAUCGGGCCCCCCGCCGCCACCGCCGCCGCCUCUCGCUUCCCGAGCCCUCGUCCCCAGCUCGCUGCCACCCCACGCCCACCCGCCACUUCCCCCGUUCCCGUACCCUCAUCCUCCGCGCCGCGCGGCCCGGCCUUUGCUCACGGCGCCGCCAAUCCCGUGCGCUUCCCUAGCUCUCGCCCGGCCAUCGAUCCUGGCGUGCCCGCCGCCACUGCUCGCCACGUUGGUCGGCAUCUCCAGCCCCAGCCGAGGCCAGCUGCAUCAUCAAUACGCAGCCCUGUGCGUCCUGUUAUCUCCUCAAGGAGCAGGUCCACAUCUCCUCUAUCAAAUCAGCGUAUUGAUUCUCCUGCAGACUAUGAUAAUGAAAACUACAUGCACUACAAUCUAUUCGUGGAGUGCACAUCAUGGAUUACUCUUGAUGUUGGUGCUGCCAUGUUUGGCAUGCUAUUCAUCAUUUGGAACACCCUGUGGGAUGAGUAUAAGCACGGUCGUACAGAUCUGGUGGUAAACUAUGCGGACCCAUUGUUUGAAAAUGGAAGUGCACCUAUAGAGGACAUGAGGACACAGCCUUCAGAAUUUGGGAAAACAGCACGAUCACCAACUUCAAACAUUACCAGCAAGUUUAGACCACCAUCAGGCUUCCAAAAUUAUCACCCUGUGCAGGCUGCCAAUCCUCUUGAAUACAAACCUAAUGUAACACCUGCGAUGUUCGGAAACCAGAACCUCCAUGAUGUACGAGCAGCUCCCUCUCCUGCUUUGAACAACAACCGUUUAGUUCCUGGAAGUGGCAGACUACGUCCUGCCUUAGGGGGUGGUGCAUCUCCCACGGUGCUUGGUGAUGCAAGUCAGUAUGAUAAUUCAACACAAUCAGUUAUGGCUCGACAAGAGAUGAGCGAACAUAUGCGACCGGUAUCACAAAGGUUUCUUGCUUCAUUUCAAAGCCGAUCAUUGGAUCAUAAUAUUUCGAAAAGGUCUAGGUCACCUACUUUGUCCCAUCAGGAUGCUGAUGGUGCUGAAGCUCAUCAAGAUGCUGGUGUAAAUGCUAGAAGACUGAUAGACUAUACGGAUUCCUUGUUUGAUGACGGAAUGGUUGAAACUUCCAAGCGAAUGAAAUCACCUUCAUUAGAAUUCACAAGCAUGGUCAAAUCUCCAUCUUCAGAUAUUAGAGGCGAUACUAGACCAUCACCUGCAGGUUUACGCAGCAAUAGUGCAGCCCAGAAUCUACGUUCAAGUGUUGAUAUCCAAAAGGCUAGUUCAUCUGUUCCCAAGGUUGGAAAUCAAGUGCAAUUUCGUAUCGGUGAUGUGCGUUCACCACCAUAUCAGAUUGACCCUUAUUCCAAUGAACAGAACACAGCUGCUGUUUCUCCACCAAAGCCUUCUAUUCUUGGUGCUAGCAAAAGAAUUGGGACCUCUCUGCUGGACUUUACUGAUGAUGAUAACAUGAUCCCUUCAACUGAAAGUGAGAGAGAAAAACAAGCAAAAGCGAAGCGCUUGACUCGUUUCAGUGUUGAAUUAAGCAGACCGGUCGAUAAUAUUAAUGAUUUUGUAAAAGCGCAGAAGGGCUCUGCAGACAAGCAAAAACAAGCCUCUUCAAUGGGAAAAGUUCCAACUGGAUCGAAAGAUGAUAUCGAUGAAAGAUCUAUGGCUGAUGCAGAUUCCCCAGGGUUAGCUGCAAUUAUUGGGCUUUGUCCUGAUAUGUGCCCAGAACCGGAAAGGGCGGAGCGUGAAAGAAAAGGAGAUCUUGAUAAGUAUGAGAGAUUAGAUGGAGACAGAAACCAAACUACUGAGCUUCUGGCUGUUAAAAAGUAUAAUAGGACCGCUGAGAGAGAUGCAGACUUGAUAAGGCCUCUGCCAGUUCUGCAGAAGACAAUGGAUUACCUUCUUAGUUUACUGGACCACACAUACGAUGACAACUUCUUGGGCUUAUACAACUUCUUAUGGGACCGGAUGCGAGCGAUAAGAAUGGAUCUUAGAAUGCAACAUUUUUUCAAUCAAGAUGCUAUUUCUAUGCUGGAACAAAUGAUAAGGCUCCACAUUAUAGCAAUGCAUGAAUUAUGCGAGUACAACAAGGGAGAAGGGUUUUCAGAAGGUUUUGAUGCACAUCUUAACAUCGAGCAGAUGAAUAAAACAUCAGUGGAGCUAUUUCAAAUGUAUGAUGACCACAGGAGAAAGGGUGUAUUGUUCCCAACAGAAAAGGAGUUUCGGGGUUAUUAUGCCCUGCUCAAGUUAGACAAGCAUCCUGGUUACAAGGUUGAACCUGCUGAGUUAUCUCUAGACCUUGCUAAGAUGUCCCGUGAAAUCAGAGGCAGUCCAGACAUCUUGUUUGCAAGGGAAGUUGCAAGAGCUUGCCGAAUGGGGAACUUUAUUGCCUUCUUUCGUCUUGCAAGGAAAGCAACAUACUUGCAGGCUUGUUUGAUGCAUGCUCACUUUGCAAAGCUAAGAAGGCAAGCACUGGCUUCCUUGCACAGUGGUCUUCAGAAUACCCAAGGCAUCCCUAUUUCCCAAGCUGUUGAGUGGCUUGCUAUGGAGGACGAAGACAUUGAAAGUCUUUUAGAAUACCAUGGUUUUGGAUUGAGGCAGUAUGAAGAAUUGUACUUAGUGAAAGAAGGGCCUUUUCUUAACAGCGAGACUGAUUUCCCAUCUGGCUGUUCUCAACUUGUGCACUUGAAGAAAUCACAGAGAAUCAUCAAUGAUGUUUCUUCUGGUCCAGUUUGUGCUCCUACUAGCCAAAAAGAGGCUCUUGCAUCAAAUUCUGGUGGGUUCGCUCUAACACGAGGGCAUGUUCACCCACAGCCUUCUCUUCUGGUAAAAAGAGAAUUUGGUCUGUCCUUUCCUGGACCUGUUUCUCCCACUUCUGGGAGACAGACUACCUCCCUGUAUUCUGGUUCCUUUUCCCCCAAAGCUGGCAACAAGCAAUCCAGUUUGCCAUCUUCAAGUCCUAUGUCCCCAACUUCUGGCAAAAAGGAGAGUGUUCAUGUACCUUUUAGUACUCCUCCACAUACUACCAAGCAAGCUAUAUUACCGCGCACAGGAUGGAUAGAUGAACAAAAGGUAGCUUCACCAAAAGCAGAAAGCAACACAAAGGCAGCUGAUGAUUUUAUACCUGAAGAUCAGGAUGGUGGUCUUGUAGGGUUCCCUCGAGGGCAACCUGAUGUACCGUGGACACAAGCUAACAUUCAACAGGACAGUGCUUUGGAAGAAACCAAAUUUUCACCUCCUCUCGCAGAUGGUGUAUCCUUAGAUUACUCCAAUAUGCAUGGAGAGGAAAAUGAAUUCAGGCCAGAUGGUUCCAGCAUUGACGCAGAUAUGGAUGAGGAGAGUCCAUCACACAGAGAAGUCAACUUCAUACAACCUGAGUCAUUUGUGGGUUCACAUUUAUCUGAUUCAGAUCACAAGGAAUAUGAUGAUCACAACAUUGGUGACAGAGCAGCAGAUAACAUGUUACCAGUAGUUGUAUCUCCAAAGAAAAUUAUUUCCAAUGAAAGGUUGAAGAUAAUACUGAGGAAAUGGAGGCACCGUGCUAUGGACAAGAGAUUUAUUAGAGAGCAGAAAAAUGCUCUUGCUAUUGCAGCAUUGAGUUCUCUGUCACUUGGUCCACCUGUUCACCAAACUGCAGUGGUGCCGGUGCAUGCAGUUCAUGAUCUAGACAUCAGUCAUGCAUUUAAAGAGAGACACUCAAGACAACAACUAUCGUUGUCACCUCUAAAUGUCUCGGAGUUGGCUGGUCCCAUUUUAACAGAAAGGAACCCUGAUGCUAGAUGCAUCUGCUGGAAGCUGCUUGUACUUGUCCCCCCUGGUACCAUGGAAUUCACCAGCAAUUAUGCCUCAAAGUGGUUACUCAAAAAGCUCAUGGGCUCUGGAAAUGAAGAUGCUGGAUUGCUUUUUUCUUCAGCAGACCUAUCAAUUUGGACAAAGUGGAACAGUUCUCCAGACACAUGCUGUUUAUCUAUUGCUAGGGCCAUUGACCAGCAAGUCAUUGGUAACGACAUAGCCAAUGGCACAAACUGUAUAAUAUUCCUGGUAUCUGAAACCAUUCCGUGGGAAAUGCAGAAGGCACGGUUUAGCAGUCUGUUAGCAUCUAUACCUGCUAAAUCCAAUCUUCCUCUUCUGAUUUUGAGUGGCGACACAUACAAUGAAGAGUAUGAUUAUGCGUCACAGAGUGUCAUUGACAGGCUUGGCCUCGGUUGUUUGAGUGAAGAAAAGAUCGCAUCAUGCUUGGUUAUUUUUCUAGUUGCAGACGACAUGGAAGGUUAUGCCAAUGGGUUCUUUGAUGAUGAGAAGUUACGUGGGGGCCUGAAGUGGCUGACCAGAAACUUGCCUCCACAGCCUGAUGUCACUCUUGUGAAGACCCGUGAGUUGCUUUUGAACUACUUGAACCCAUCACUUGACUUGCUUAACAGCCGUGCUGCACCUGAAGUUUGUCCCGAGCAUUGCAUUUCAGUAUUCAACAAAUCUGUCAACCAGCUUACAGAGGAGAUUUCUGCAGCAGCAUACACAGCUUCUAACCAAUGGCCAGCUCCUGAGAUUAAUCUUCUGGAGAGAUCAAGCAGUGAGAGAAUAUUUGCAGAAAUGUUUCUACCUAGCAUUGGAUGGUCACUGCCAUCGAGAAUUCAGCCACUGGUUGCAGCCAUAAAGAGUUGCAAGCUUCCAGAAUUCAGUUACGACAUGUCUUGGCUAAACAAAGGCUCUUAUAUGGGCAGUCAAAUCCAAGACCAGAAGUUAUACCUUGAGGAGUGCUUAACAAAAUACCUGACAAAAUCAGCUCAUUUGCUAAAUGAAGCCCAGGCGGCUACCGAAGUGAAGGUUAUGGUGCAGAAAGGUGUCGGCCUCGAGCUCCGUGGCUCGCAGUACCACCUUGUGCCAAGAUGGGUUACUAUCUUCCGCCGAAUUUUCAACUGGAGACUAGCCAAGCUUUCCACAGGAGAGUUUUCAGAAGCUUAUGUCCUGAGUCAGCAUCUUUAUCAGACACCGGCAGCUGAUUCACUUCCAAAUGGAGGAACCCAGCAUGAUCUCUCUGCCAGCAGCAACACCACGGAUGAGGCGGCACCCAUUCUGGAGGAUCGCGGCAUGGCGCCUUCCGUGUCGUCCCGCCUCUCCCUAGAUGAGAUCAUCGAGAUCAGCUGCGAUCUCGAUGCCGUCAGCGCCCUGCCACCGGCGAAACCGUUGCCACCCCAACCGCCCACCCAGGUUCGCUAUGAACCUCAACCACCGGGUGGGGUGAACGGUGUGCUUGGAGCUGGUGAUGGCGUGCGGAUGCCGAGAAGGACGGAGCUUAGAGAUUUGGUGCCCAUUGAGAGGGAUGACAAGCUUGCGAGGCUACUGGAGCAGUGCAGCAAGCUGCAAGACAGGAUCGACGGCACGCUCUCCAUAUACUUCUGAGUCAUGAGCCUUCUUUUUUGUUUGAAGGCCACAUAUACUUCCUGAAGGUUUGAAGGGGCAACUAGAACUAGCUGUAGCUGUUACGCUCCUGCCUUCUUUGUUGUAAGCUGCUGUAACAUUAGUAUCAUGCUGUGAAAAACCAUUUUUACGGCCAUAUGAGUGGGCCCAGAGUAGAGUAGGGUCUACAUGUAAGAGAUUCCAACCGUACUAAAGAGAAUUUUUUUUUUAAUUUGGCGUGAUCCAAUUAUCAGCUUUUCCA